AUGCACAGCAGGCUGCAGCGCUGCGAGUCCCUCCUGGGCCUCGGCCCCGCCGGCCGCCGCGACAUCCCCGCCGCCGCUGCGGGCCUGCGGCUGCUGAGCGCCCGCCUCGACGCGUCGCUCGCCGCGCACGCCGCCGCGCCGCUGGCGGGCGCCGCGAUGGCGGAGCUGCAGGCGGAGGCGCGCGCCACGUACCUCCUGGCCGCGCUAGGCGCCGCGCCGCAGCUCUUCGGGGACGCAGAGGGCGGCAGCAGCAGCGGCGGUGGCGGAAGUGCAGGCGUCGUGGGGCUGCUGCGGCGCGCGGCGGCUGCGAACAGCACCGAGGCGCACCUGGCGCUGGCGGACCGCUACCUCAUGGGCCGCGGCCUCGCGCCCAGCUGCGGCGAGGGGCUGCGGCACCUGCGGCUUGCGGCCGCGGCCGUGGCGGCGCGCGUGGAGAAGGACGGCAGCAACUUCCAUCUGCCCGCCGCGCCCGUGCGCCUGCGGGAGCGCUGGGCGGACGCGCAGGCGCCGCAGGUGGACCUGAAUUGGGACGACGUGGAUGAUGUCGUGCGCAUGGAGGAGGACGCAGCUUUCAGGGGGGACGCGCAGGCACAGGUGGGCCUGGGAGCGCAGAAACGCCGACGCUUGCGUGGGUAUGCGGACGUGCGGACCCACGCACGUUGCAGUGCCUUUGCGGUGGCAAGCUGA